CGCCCCGGAAGCCACCCGCGCCCCGACCCCGGCGGCCUGAGGGGCGGCGCGGCGGUCGGGGCCGCGGGUCCGACAUGGCUUCGGCGGGAGGCGGCGACAGCGAGGUCUCCGCGACGGAACCCGAGCGUCCCCAGCCCCGGCCCUUCCUUAUCGGGGUGAGCGGCGUCAGGGCGAGCGGGAAGACCACCGUGUGUGAGAAGAUCAUGGAGCUGCUGGGCCAGAACGAAGUGGACCACCGGCAGCGCAAGCUGGUCAUCCUGAGCCAGGACCGCUUCUACAAGGUCCUGACCGCAGAGCAGAAGGCCAAGGCCCUGAAGGGCCAGUACAACUUCGACCACCCAGAUGCUUUUGAUAACGAUUUGGUGCACAGGACUCUGAAAAACAUCGUGGAGGGCAGAACUGUGGAGGUCCCCACCUAUGCAUUUGUGACCCACACAAGGUUGCCAGAGACCACAGUGGUGUACCCUGCUGAUGUGGUGCUGUUCGAGGGCAUCCUGGUGUUCUACAGCCAAGAGAUCCGGGACAUGUUUCACCUGCGCCUCUUUGUGGACACAGACUCUGACGUCAGGCUGUCCUGGAGGGUUCUGCGAGAUGUGCACCGAGGGCGGGACCUGGAGCAGAUUCUGACCCAGUACACCACCUUCGUGAAGCCAGCCUUUGAGGAGUUCUGCCUGCCGACAAAGAAAUAUGCUGACGUGAUCAUCCCCUGUGGGGCUGACAACACGGUAGCCAUCAAUCUGAUAGUGCGGCAUAUCCAGGACAUUCUCAAUGGUGACCUCUGCAAGCGGCACCGGGGCGGCGCCAAUGGGCGCAACCACAAGAGGACCUUUCCUGAGCCACGGGACCACCCCGGGGUGCUGGCUUCUGGCAAACGGUCACACCUGGAGUCCAGCAGCAGACCCCACUGAGUGCCUCGG